AUGAAUAUUAAUGACAAAACAAAUAGCGGUUCUACACCACUACACAAGGCUUGUCAGGAAGGUCAUUUUGAUACAGUGAAAUUAUUACUUGAUUUAAACGGUCAAGUAUUAAAUGGUCUUGUAGAUACCACAAUAAAAGACGCAAAAGGAUGGUCAGCUGUACAUGUAGCUUGUGACAAUGGACAUAUAGAGGUAGUAAAGUUAUUUUUCGAAGUUGGUAUAAAUCUUAAUGUCAUAUCAAAUAGUGGAUCUACACCACUGUAUUUAGCUUGCAAAAGAGGUCAUUUUGAAACAGCGAAAUAUUUAAUUGAAUUAAAUGACCAAAUAUCAAAUAGUCGUGUAGAUACAAGAAUACAAAUCGAAAACAAAUGUUUACAUGUAGCUUGUAUGAAGGGACACACAGAGAUAGUAAAGUUAUUAAUUGAUGUUGGAACAAACCCAAAUGACAUAUCAAGUAGUGGUUCUACACCACUACAUAAGGCUUGUCGGGGAGGUCAUUAUGAUACAGUGAAAUUCUUACUUGAUUUAAACGGCCAAGAAUUGAAUAGUCAUGUAGAUACAACAAUUAAACAGAGAAAAGAAAGGUCGGCUUUACGUAUAGCUUGUAAAAAUGGACAUAUAGAGGUAGUUAAGUUAUUAAUUGAUGUUGGAAUGGACAUUAAUGACACAGCAAAAAACGGUUCUACACCACUUCACCAAGCCUGUCAGAAAGGUCAUUAUGAUACAGUAAAAUUCCUGCUCGAUUUGAAUGGCAAAGUGUUGACUGUAGAUAAAACAAUGAAAGACAACGACGGAAAUUCGGUUUUACAUGUAACAUGUUUGAAAGGGAUGCUAGAUGUAGUGAAAUUAUUGAUCGACGUCGGUAUAAACCUUAAUGAGACAACAAAUAAAGGUUCUACACCACUUUAUUUAGCUUGUCAGGAGGGUCAUUUUGAAACGGUGAAAUAUUUAAUGUGUUUAAACGGCCAACUAUUAAAUAGUCGUGUAGAUACAACAAUAAAACGCGAAAACGGAUGUUCGGCUUUACAUAUAGCUUGUAUAAAUGGGCAUAUAGAGGUUGUUCAGUUAUUAAUCGGCGCUGGUAUGUACCCUAAUGACAAAUCAGAUGCAGAUAAUACACCACUUUAUCUCGCUUGUCAGAACAGUAAUGAUGAAAUAGUGAAAUAUUUAUUUGAGUUAAACGGCCAAACAAUAAAUAGUCGUGUCGAUACUACUAUUACUAAUUUAAAAGGAUGGUCGGCUUUACAUUCAGCUUGUUUCAAUGGACAUGCAGAAAUACUGAAGUUAUUGAUUGAUGUCGGUAUGAAUAUAAAUGAAAGAGACAAUUCGGGAAAAACAGCUGUUAACUUAGCUUGUAUAAAUGAGCAUAGUGAUAUUGUAAAAAUAUUGAAGGAUAAUGGUGCAGAAUAA